CCAAUGAGGUAAUCGGGCCAGAAGUCGGGAAGUUCGAGACCAGGCUCGCGGGUACGGGUUCUGGCUGGGGAAAUGAUAAAUAAAGCCCCGUGCCGUGGCAAAUAUUUCUGAUGGCAAGGUGCCAAUGGUGUGGAUGCUAGCCUUCCGUAAAUCUCUACUAGAUAAGUGAAGGGCGCCGAUCGUUGAGACAACCGAGAGAGAGUUUGCUGUAGCGUUCCUUUUCUCGCAUCUGUCAUCGUCGUGGACGUUGUUGCUUCUUGUGCCAUAGAGAUAGCUAUCAUUAUUUGGCGCCCCAUCCCACACAGCAAGAUGAAGGCCAUAUCAGCAGCCUUUACGCUCAUGAUCCUCCAAGUCGCGGCCGUCCUUUGCGCCCCUACCCCGGCGGAGAAAGGGCCGGCCUCGUGGCGGCUCGACUGCGGGUCCCCCGGUACUACGGCGCUGUGCUCGGCCAGCAACAGCGGGGCCCACUGCGACCCCGUGUCCGGCGAACUGACGAUCAUCCUCGCCGGGACGUGCGGAGCGUGCAAGUGCGUAAGCGCAGACCAGUGCUCGCGGGGGUGCGGACAAAAAGAGACGGAGUGAGUACCUAACCUAACCUAACAUAAGGGUAGGGUCGGGUCGGGUCUUGUCACGGAAAACGUACACACUCGAUAGGUAUCUGGAAGGCAUCCAGGUUGAACACUAGUGCUCAUGAUAAGUUCUACACGACGAAUCGUUAAAUCAAAUUAAGGUGGAAGAGGUGACGUUUAUGACUUGCAAAUAUAUAAACUCAGAUACUGGGUAGCGAAGGGGGACGAAUGGAUUAAAAUUUAAUUGCCUUCCUUGAUG